AUGCUCUCCCUACCCAGGCAUCGAAUACUAAAACGGGCUCGAGGUUCUCAGAGACUAGUCCGACAGAACUGUGACACAGAGCAAUACAUCUAUGUCGCUUUAGCACUAGAUAUAACUCUUGGUCUCCUUUCUUCACGAACCGCAAGGGCGGCCAUGACCAGGAUUACUCGCGCCUUUGAUGAAAACUUACCAAGUCAUCUACAGCAGUUCCUCGGUAUCUCAGAUGCAGGAAUAGCUAACUCCAUCGACAGAUUUGUAGACAUAAUGUAUAUGCAGACACCAUUGAUUAUUAUUGAUGGAAACAUGACAGACCCCGCAAACCCUGCCUGCCACCAUCGCGACGUUUGGAGUGGGACUUUUAACCCUUUGAAGCAUGAAAUACUCCUAAAUAAGCAGCUCGUCGAGGACAUGGUAAACGCAUCUGAAUCACGACAAGUACUCCGACGCUUUCAGUUCCAAUUCGUAAACCUCUUUUUUCAUGAAAUCGGGGGGCACCUGCUAUUCACAUAUCUCUACCAUGGCUUGCCAAGCACGCCGCGGCAGGUUACGCCGCCUAAUUGGCGCGAGCAGGACCAGGAAGAAGAUAUAGGGGAAUCGGGGCGGACGUUAGAAACCGUGGUGUUUGGCGGAACUGUGGAAUUUUUUGAUAUCCCAGAGGCUCGUAUAAAAAAGAAUAAAACCUUGCAACCCCAUUUCUUUCCCGAAUGA